CUGUUUGGCAAUAGCGCAGUAGAUUGGUUUUGAGGUGAGAAUUAUUUUGUAAACACACAGACUUCUUUUCUUUAUUUAAAAAUGUAUGGUGUGAAAAUGACAAGCAUUAUUUUACGGUCUGAUAAUGUUUGGUUGAAAAUUCUACGUGGGAAAAAAUCGAUUUUCACCUCAACAGCGUCAUGGAAAGAACCGACUGAUGUAGAUGAAAAAACCAAAAGAAGACAGCAACAAAUUGAACGGCAAAAGACUGAUUUGGCACUAUUUGGACCGAUCAUCAAAGAAAAGAAAACAAGGAAAAAAAAAGAAAUUAAUACUCCUGAUCCCAUUAAAGUUGAUAAUACAAUCAAGUCAGAAGAACUAUUACCAAUAAACUUGUGGAAUUUACCAAAAGAGCAAUUCAAAAUCACCAAGGCUCCUUACUCGAAGAAACAUUUGAUGCCAACUGACAACACAAUUUCCUCUGAAGGUACUGAACAUUCUUCGUCCAUCAAAGAUUCAAAAGAAACCUCAAACAAAGUACCACCAAAACGAAAACCUUUGGCUGAAAAAAAGGUUAACAAUGAAAUCACAUUUUCAGAAAAUAUUGAACCUAGUACGCCAUUUUUCAAAAAAGAUGAGAUUAUUCUCCCUUUUCCCAUGGUUCUUAAAAAAGAAUGUACUCUCCCAAGUUCAAAAGAAAUCUUAUCAAUUGCAAGUGCUAAAGUUGAUGUACCUAGCGUGACACAGGUUUUGAGUAAGACCAUGUCAGAUAAAAGUGAAAUGAUGUUGGCUAUGUGGCGGAAAAGGAAAAUAGCAGAAGUUGGAGAGGAAGGACUUAAGGAAUUCAUGAGAGAAUCUAAACUGACUGGAAAAGAACUGCAUCUCAGUAUUGAGACUUACCUACGAGGGGUGGAGUACAAUUCAGUUCAAGUUGUGCCACGCAUUUCUGGUCAUUGGCUAAGUAUGAAAUCGAUUUUGGGAUCUCUAGAAGACGUCGCGGUGCUAGAAAGCUACGUUGUACAUAAACAAUUAAAAUAUAAAGGAUUUGUGGAUUGCGUUUGCAAGUACAAGGAUAAUUUAGUGGUUGUUGAGUGGAAAACAUCUCAAAGAACUAAGUCAACUUUACAGGAUGCAUACGACGAUCCCAUUCAAAUAGCUGCCUACAUUGGUGCAAUAAAUGCUGAUGAAAGAUAUCCACUAAGGCAGGUGGAAAACGCCUUGUUAGUGGUCGCUUAUCCAACUGGUCGACCUGCCGAUGUUCUAACUUUAGAUAAAAAACUGUGCGAACACUAUUGGAACGAAUGGCUCAAACGCUUGGAAGCAUUUAAUGAGCUCAAGAAAUCUGCCGAAAAACAGUGAAUGUAUGCUGGUGAAGAAGAAUGAAUGGGCUGUAAGGCAAAUCAUCCACCAGCUAUUUUAUCAAAUCACAAACUUGAUCUUGAAAAAGGUAAUUGAAUGUAUUGAUAAGGCAGGAAUUUCAAAGUCAACAUAUUGUGUAUUCAAUCCUCAAGUACGAAAUCGGCCAAUCUGUAUACAAGAAAAAUCGUG